GCGUGUGUACAUGUGCACUUGUUUAUUAACAAUUGUUCUUUGUGAUUUGUCAGACAAAAAAAGCUGAGAUUGACUGCAAGUUGGCAAUAGGUUCCAUUGACCACAUUGUUGCUUAUGCCACUGUCAUGGAGGGUGAUGAUCCUUCUAGUACAGUUCAUGGUGCACCACUGGGCAAUGGUAAUAUGCGUGUUUCGGUAUAUGCUGUAGUUGAGGAGAAUGUAAAGAUCCCAUUUCCUGUGAAAGAUGAAAUUGAAACUGUUAAGCAAGCUAUGGGGAGUUGGGUAGCAUGGCCUAUACACCUAAUCAUAAUGUCACAUGUGAAGAAACCUGUCAAGGAAAAUGUUGAGAGGAAGAGGAAAAGGAGAGAUAUAGAGGAAGAAGACUCGGAGUUUCAGUUUAGCUUGGCGACAAUGGCACCUACACUACCAGAUUCAUUGAAGAUGCUAUGUAUGUGGGGUGAGGAUAAAUUCAAAGGAGGGCGUACCAUCUCCUUUUACAUGGAACCUGAAGUCUUUGGAUAUUCUCGCAAGAGCUUCAUAAUAGGAUCAGAUGUUCGACGACUUGCAAGCAUGAGAGAAGUCACUGGAAAUUGCAUUUCUGUGUACCAGAGGUACCUCUAUGAGAAAUUGACUACAUAUAAAAUGGUGGACAUGGUUGCAUUUGUUGAUCCUUCACAUAUAGGUGCAGUAGGGUGUGGGAAUGGAACUACCAGGGCCCAACAUAUCAAAGAUAGACUUGUAACUGCUAAACCAGGGCAGAUGUUCAUGUUGCCGUUUAAUUCAGGUGAUCACUGGAUCUUGACAAUUAUUCAUCCGGACGAAGGUACUGCCUAUUUUAUGGAUCCACUGAAAAGACGCUUACCCACUGGAGAUUGGAUGUCUAUUGUGGAAACUGCAAUAGGUAUGUAUAAUGUUGCAAUGAACAGGAAAGGCGCUCGGAGUUCUACAAAAUGGAAAAAUUUGGCUGGCAUUCCUCCCCAACCUAGCAACAAGGAGUGCGGGUACUUUGUGAUGAGAUACAUGAGGGAUAUCAUUGAGGAUAAGGACUUAUCAUUGUUUGCUACCAAGUGGGAGAGGAGAGGCAAUAGCCAAUAUACGCAAGCAGAUAUUGAUGAGAUACGAAAUGAGUGGGCGAAGUUUGUCGUGAAGAGCUAUGUGUAGGCAGGCCAUGAAGUAGGUUUUUGCAGAAGGAAAGCAUCUUUUUUGUGCUUCUCUGCUGGUACAUUUUCAUGCAUUAGAUGGAGUGCAUGUUUUGGAACAAUGUGUAUCAGCUAGCUUUUGAUGUCCCAAGUAGAUGGGCAUGCACUAGAAUGCUAUUCUUCUUUUAUUGUUGGCUUGAAAUUUGGACAACUUUGUUUGGGAAAUACUACCUUUUGCAGUUUUAUGUAUAGAAUGUUAGAUA